AUUGGACUGACUUUUCCAAGACGUUAGACUCUGAAGAACAACGUGUUUAUGGAUCGCUGCGCAGCGAGGAGCACCGGGAGUUGUAGGCUACGCUCUUAUGCAUCGAUCAUGUUGAUACCUCGCCGUUGCUGUAAACUUUGAUAGAUGUUUAAAGAAGGAACUCAGUGAUAUACGAAAAACAAACAGCCCGACCCGAUUUAAAUAAAUAAGCUCAGAUAAACACAGAUUGACCUCUGGAGGAAGUGGGAAGCGCCUUAUUCGCCCUUCCUCGUUUUCUUUUUUUCUCUCCAAGACGUCAGGACGGAUCUCUAUCACUCAGUCUCACUCUCCUUCUGUGAUUUAAACAAAGACCAAAGUGUUUGGGGAUAGCAUGGCAAUGGUAGUAAACCAGUGGCCAGAGAACAUUUCUGCAGAUCCGGGGUCUCAGCUCCAGAUUUGCGGCCAGGAGCCCGGCGGGGCACCGGGGACACCCAACGGUUCCACCCCGGGGAACGACGCACUUUCCGGGGACAAGAUCCCCAACGUGGACUGCAUGGUGUGCGGGGACAAGUCCAGUGGGAAGCAUUACGGCCAGUUCACCUGCGAGGGAUGCAAAAGCUUCUUUAAGCGCUCGGUGAGGCGGAACCUCACGUACACCUGCCGGGGGAACCGAGACUGUCCCAUCGACCAGCACCACCGGAACCAGUGUCAGUACUGCCGCCUGAAGAAGUGCCUCAAAGUCGGCAUGAGGAGGGAAGCUGUACAACGAGGGCGCACAUCAAACUCCCAGAGCAGCCCAGGACAGUACCUGACCAAUGGCACUGACCCGUACAACGGCCAACCCUACCUGUCCGGUUUCAUUUCUCUGCUGCUGCGCGCCGAGCCCUACCCCACAUCUCGCUACGGGGCCCAGUGCAUGCAGGGAAACAACCUGAUGGGCAUCGAGAACAUCUGUGAACUGGCGGCCAGGCUGCUGUUCAGUGCCGUAGAGUGGGCCAAGAACAUCCCUUUCUUCCCCGACCUGCAGCUCAUGGAUCAGGUGGCGCUGCUGCGCAUGUCAUGGAGCGAGCUCUUCGUCCUCAAUGCAGCCCAGUGCUCCAUGCCGCUUCACGUGGCCCCCCUGCUCGCAGCGGCCGGCCUGCACGCCUCGCCCAUGUCGGCAGAGCGCGUGGUGGCCUUCAUGGACCACAUCCGCGUCUUCCAAGAGCAGGUGGAGAAGCUGAAGGCCCUGCAGGUCGACACGGCUGAAUAUUCCUGCCUCAAGUCCAUCGUGCUCUUCACAUCUGAUGCUAUGGGGCUGUCAGACAUCGCCCACGUGGAGAGCAUCCAGGAGAAGUCUCAGUGCGCCCUGGAGGAGUACGUAAGGAACCAGUACCCCAGCCAGCCAAACCGCUUCGGACGCCUCCUCCUCCGCCUGCCCUCCCUGCGCAUCGUCUCCUCUCCAGUCAUCGAGCAGCUGUUUUUCGUGCGCCUGGUAGGCAAGACACCCAUCGAGACGCUGCUUCGCGACAUGCUGCUCUCUGGCUCCAGCUACAACUGGCCCUACAUGCCCACCGUGCAGCGCGAGCGACCCAUCUCUCUCCACUACAAUGAGAACGGGCCAUGAGGUGGAGAGACAGACCGAGGAGAAGCUGCAGGACAAAUUCAGGCUGAACUUCCAUCUGAUUAUUCAUCCAUCCAUCUUUACUUCUCUUCAUUCUCUGCAUUCAACUUCUCAGCUUUCCCGCAGGAGGCGCCUUCCCCACCAUUCCACUCAAAAAUCCGUACUGACGGUACAAUCUGCUACUGUCCCAGCUACACAAGCCAGCCAAUCAUUCACCAUGACCACUGCAGAAACUUGGAUGCCCACUGCAGUCCCUCACCUGACGGUUUAGUCUACAUUUGAGAUGUGGCAUGAGAUGGACAGGUUGGUAGAACGGGUUAUUGCACAGUUCACCAGCGGGUCUGUAAAAGACAGCAAAAGACAAAACAUUUGCUCUGUUGUUGAUGCUGUACGCAAGCAUCCCAGUAUGGCGAAUACUGAGCAAGGGCUUUGCUAAUGGAACUCUACAACCAAGAGCACAAGGCCCGGUUGUAUAUUUAGCAAAUUUUUGAAAAGAAAACCAGAAGCCAUUAAAAGAAGACAAAUGCCAAAAUGUCUUGGACUUUUGCAGAGGACAUGUUUUAUUGUGUGUGUUUGUAUUAGCACUGUUUAUAUGGAGAGAAAAUUCAUGAUUGUGUCCAUAUGUACAGUAUAUCGUUGAUUCAUAGGCAUCUAUAGCAUAUUAGGGUUCAAUGGGAAAAGCUCAGGUUCAAAGGGUGGGUAGACAGACAGACAUGCCAAUAUCAGUACGAGUACAAAAAGACAAACCCAGCAAAAUUUACACUUAUCAGCAGCCUGUGCCAAAGCUGAAAUAUGCAUAUUGUUUGGAUUAUUUUUGCGGUAGUGUUGGUGAUUAAAAUUUCAUGUUUGGUUUGUCUAUAAUUUGACUAUAUACUAGUUUUUGGGUCUCAGGGGGAGAGAAGGAGUUUGUAAAAAAUAAAUUCAAAUAAAAGCUUAGGCACUUGCUUUGUAGUCAGAACCAACACUUAUUCACUCCUGUAAUAUCACAGCACUGGUAGAUUCUUGCUACCCUUACUUCAUUUGAUCGAUCUACCUUUUUACUUAUUCAAAAAGCCCAUUAUAAUUCUAUCUCCUUACACGAUGUUACUGCAGGAGUGUAACAACGCAUCCUCAUCAUUGUUUAUUAGUCACGAUUGUCAAUAUCGGACCU